AUGUCCAGCUCGCCUUCACACGCCGAAAAUGCCGCACCUGCUGCGCUGCUGAGCCCCCAGGCCCACGUCCGACCCGACCGCCAGGACCAGCGGCAGCCGCACCUCCAGCACGAUGAUGCAGAGAACCCCCCGGCCCUGGGCUGCGCGAUCCAAGCAGACGGGAGCGCCUCUGCCCCUGUUUCUGCCUCUGCUUCUGCCUCUGACGCUGCUUCUGCGUCCGUCUCCUCUGCUGCCGCACCUCAUAUAAAGCCUGCUGCCCCUAGCGGCACCGCCCGCCAGCGUCAACAGAUGGGCCCUUCCCUGCUUUCCCAAGCCUUGGCAUCUGCUCGAGGCAUCUUGCGGACCAACUCGACGCCCAAUACGAGCACCACUUCGUCACAGACACAAUCACAGACGCAGACAGACAAAUCGACAAGACCCACGCCGGUCUCUGCCUCUUCUGCCUCAGCAGUUGAUCAGUUGCCCUCAAGACCGAUUCGGUCGUCGCCCGCCACUCCUUGGACAGAAUCUCGAGAUGCAUCAGACUACAUCGACCACGACGGCGCCCUGACGCGGAACGCAUCGCAGCCCAAGACAAUGGCGACCACAACGACGACAGCUACCACCACCACAACAAUUCCCAUCGCCUCUACUGCCCCCGGACGAGACCGUGCCAUUCCAUCCUCGUCGUUCAAAUCGGACAACCUUUUGAGCCACGCAAAAGACAUGCUUUUAGAACACCGUGAAUUUCUAGACCGGACCCGAGGGAGAGCGUCGCUGGAGCACGACUCCAUAUCACCAAAGCUACAGCAGCACCAUCAACCAUUGCCUCAUUCAUCACACUACAACAACUCGGUAUCGCCUACCAAUGGCAGCUAUACCAGCGCUGCUUUGUCUACCGGAGUCUCCACCGACGCCGGAGACGAGAGUGCUGUAUCACAAGACUCACGUCAGGAACGACACAAAACGCUUGAUACCUCCGAGAAGACGGAAAAGAUAUGGUCCAUUGGCUCUGGCGACGGCAGUGAAGAGGAUGGCUUGGUAGAGCAGUCAGUCGCUGAAGCCAUUGCCGGCGUUGAGCACAAUGCACGAAGCCGAAAGUCGAGCUACAGCUUGCGAUUCUUCAAAGAGGGCCUUCCUCCGGAGGAUAAGGCUCGCCGUAAGGAUGGCAAGACCUCCCACCGCGACAAACAUGUGCCGACAAUAGACGAGGAGGCCACUUUAACCGAAGAGUUGCCGCAAAAGUCUUCCAAGACGUCACCAGCCGCAGACUCGCGCGUGCAGCCAGCACGAGCGGAAUCCUUCUCAUCCCGCGCCUCUGAUGCGCGGCCUACUCUUACCUCACCGAAAGAAGCAACCAGCUCAACCCUGCCGCAAGCUGAAGAAACUGGUGGCGAAAGCGCCAUCACACAGAAAUCAUCGGUAGAUCAUCAUGAGGCCAAGCUGGAGCCACCGAUUGGAAUCCAGGUGGGGCCGGAGGCGGUCCAAGACACCGCAGUGGAGAAGCCGCCGAUGUCACAUGAUGCUUCCGAGGUCGGCAAUUUUCAAGACAUUGCCGGCGACAAGGAUGCGGGCGCCGAGGCCGACUCCAGUGCCAAGGUUAAUGUCAAAACCUCGGAUACCGACCAUGCCAACGGCCACAUUCACGAAUAUGCCACUGCUCAUGUCAACGGCAACGCCAAUGACGCCCACUUUGAUGCCGAAUCUGACCCAGAGGCAGACGCCGAAGGUGAUGGAGAAGCAGACGAGUCUGGAGAGGAGAAGAUUGCGUCGGCGGUUUUCCUGCCUCAUCAGGAGCUGGAUGAAAGCCGCGCAAGCGUGAGCGAGGGUAAUGAUAGUGAUGCGAUUCGGCGGCCCAGAUCGCAUUCGCUGAGUAAAAACCAUCCCUGGCUGGUCAAGGCCGAUGAGCCUGAGCCAGAGGUGGAGAUGGAGGAGGAGGAGAAAAAGGAGGACAGUUCCUAUCAGGUGUCGCAUGUUGCAUCCCGUGAGAACCUUGCCUCCCGCCGUGGAGAGAUUCUCCCGCUGGAAAUCCAGGUUCCGUCCGAAGCUGUCGUGGACGAGACCGAAGUGAACCAAGUUACCCCUACUAAGCCCCGAGCCGUGACCCACUAUGAAGACCAUGUGCAUGACCACCAGCAUCAAGCACGCCGACCGCUAGAAGCCAUUGAGCUGAUCCCAUACAAGCACCAAGUUGGUGGCCACAAUACCCUGUGGCGAUUCUCUCGCCGAGCCGUCUGUAAGCAGCUCAGCAACCGAGAAAACGAGUUUUAUGAGACCAUUGAGAGAUAUCACCGUGAUUUGCUGCCAUUCCUCCCCCGGUACAUUGGAGUGUUGAACGUAACAUUUCAGAGAAAGCCUCGGAGGAAGAGCACCGUUAGAAAAGAUGAGACGGCUGAUAAACGCAAUCCCGACUCGAAUGGUAACGGCGAUGCUGAACAGACUCCAUCCACCCCUGCGCGCGUCAUCAGCCAAUCACUUGCCAGCUCCAAUGCCACCAUCCCUACCGUGACUUUUGACGAUAAUUGGCACAUCCUCCCUCGCAACCUUCUCCAGCCGACACCUGAAUUAGACACGCCGCACCGCCGGAGCACGUCUCUUUCCAAGAUAUCUUCAGGAGCGCCGAUUGCGUCUCAGCACCCCGUGCGGCCUCAUAUGGAAGAGCGCCCCAAUAGCUGGGGAGCUACGACGGUGAACAAGCGAUUGCGGAACGAAGUGUUCAAUGAUGCAUUCCUUAAGCAACCAAUUGCGGUUCAAAAGCAUCGACGCCCGUAUCAGCGAGCUGUUCCUUUGCCAACUCUUCAGCGAUUGCUCCGAACAAGCAAUUCAGAUCCGAAUCUAGCCAAAGCCCCUGAGACUCCUGCGAAGAACGAGGAACCUCAAAGGGCCACGCCUAUUCCAGUAAAGCCGUUGACGCCACUUGUGCAGCAGAUGAGCGAUCCCGAGUCCCAAGCUGGCCACUUCGCAGUCGAACGAGAGGCCCCUGUUGAAGUCAAGGAUGUUACGGGCACUAGUGCUCCCGAACCAGAGACAUUAACGGCCAACCUGACAGCAAAGAAAAAGCGACGGUACUCUGGAAGUGGACUUCGGCGCAAACCGCAGGACGUACGCGACUCACGGGGAGAUUUAAAGUACUAUGAAGAGGCCGAUGGUAUGGAGUACAAGCGCGAGGGAGACGACAAGAACACUUCACUAGAAAUACCAAACAAGGACACCACGGCUGCCAUCGGACUUGGCACGGAAGAGGUGAUUUCUGAUGCUCCUGUCCUUGCUCAGGAGCCUGAUGCUAUGGACGACUCGGCAAUGGUUGCAGACGCUGUACCACAUCCGGAUGUAGAGUUUGGACCAGUUGUUCGACCAAACAACCCCAAAGAAGCAAAAUCUCAGCGCGACAGAGUAGAGUACUUUUUGCUACUGGAAGACCUCACGGCAGGCAUGAAGCGACCUUGUAUGAUGGAUCUCAAGAUGGGGACUCGCCAGUACGGUGUUGAAGCUUCUCCCAGCAAACAAAAGUCCCAGCAAGAAAAAUGUAGGAAGACGACGUCGGCGGAGCUUGGAGUGCGGAUUUGCGGGCUGCAAGUCUGGAAUUCCAAGACUCAAACGUACGAUUUCCAAGACAAGUACUUUGGCCGAAAGGUGAAAGCUGGCACUGAGUUUCAGGCUGCCCUCACCAAGUUUCUCUACAACGGCGUUGAUUUGCACUCUAUUCUUCACCAUAUUCCAAUUAUAUUGCGAAAGCUUUCACAGCUAGAGCAAAUUGUAAGCGAAUUGCGCGGCUACCGCUUCUAUGCUGCGAGUCUCCUCAUGUUUUACGACGGCGAUGCCGCAGACGAGAACGGGGGAUACGAGACAGCGUACGAGUCCAUGACAGAUGCAGCGACGGAUACCGAAGAGGCGGCGAUCAGGAAGAAGAAGAAUAAGCGCGAGAUUGAUUUCAAGAUUGCAGACUUUGCCAACAGCCUCACUCCGCUGGACAAGGUCGAUGACAAGCCCUGCCCACCGCAGCACCCCAAUCAACCUGACCCUGGCUUUCUCAAGGGCCUCCGGAGUUUGAAGAAGUAUUUUUUGCAGAUCCAGCGAGACACCAGAGCCGAGCUGGGGCUUGAUCCUCGCGGAUGGAACUCCGGCCAAGGAGGUGAUUCAAUGAUGUCCAUUACCGACGAAGAAGACGAGGGGAUGAUGAGUGUAUAA